AAAGCAGUCUACUCUGUGUGUGUACACCUUCCCAUAAAUACCUCGCUAACACUACACUACUCCACAACAAUGGCGGCAAAAACCCUACUCCUCCUCACCCUACUCACAGUAAUCUCUUCAACCACUGCACUCUCCGACGAUCCACAACCCUCCGUCUACGAUAUCCUCGAAAAGUACGGCCUCCCUAGCGGUCUUUUGCCCGAUUCCGUCAAAUCUUACUCUCUCUCACCCGAUGAUGGGAGUUUCGUUGUGGAGCUCGAGAAAGCCUGUUACAUCCAGUUCGAUUACCUUGUUUACUACGAUACUAAGAUCACCGGGAAGCUCAACGUUGGAUCGAUCACCGAUCUGGAUGGGAUCCAAGUGAAGAGGUUCUUAUUCUGGUUUGAUGUUGAUGAAAUUAGGGUUGACUUGCCAAGUUCCGAUAAUAUCUACUUCACUGUUGGAUUUAUUAAUAAGAAGCUUGACAUCGAUCAGUUUGAGACGGUUCACGCUUGUACAGAUAACGCUCUUGCCUCUUGUGGUCAAUCAUCAAACCCUAUCUCUCAGCUGCCAGUGAGUGUUGAAGAGGUUGAAAUGUUGAUCACAGAGUAGAAUGAAGGAAGAUGUAAAGGUGGAUAAUAAGAGAGUGCAGGGCAGGAGGUAUAUCUGUAUCCCUGUGAUUCGAAGCUCAGAAGCCACUUGUUAUGGUUGAGCCUCUGUAUAAGUAUAAUGGUUGUGAAGUAGGAAGUGUAUAAUAUUAGUAGUUGGAUAUUUGGAUGAGCCUUCCACCAUGCAAUCUUCUCUUCUAUUAUGAAUGGCAAGUGUUGUAAUUGCAAAUGAUGUACAUCCAAACUUAGAAUCGGUGUACGAUGGGUCAUUGCCGAACAGGGUUCAAACU